AUGGGAUCCUAUCUAAGCGCUCCCGUCAGGGAAAAAGUAUCUGACGAUUGGAAUGGGGAUAAGUUGAUUUACGGUGCUUCCUCUAUGCAGGGAUGGAGGAUCAGUCAAGAAGAUGCCCACAAUUGUUGCGUAGACUUUGAUCAAGCUUCCGACACAUCUCUGUUUGCCGUUUAUGAUGGACAUGGGGGGGCAGAGGUGGCUCUGUACACAGCAAACACUUUUCCAGAUUUUUUAAAAUCCCAUUCACUGUACAAGAAAGGACUCUUAGAUGAGGCUUUGAAGGAAGCCUUCGUAGAUUUUGAUGCUACCCUGACUGACGAAAGUGUUGUCAAACAGUUGAGAGACUUGGCAGGGAUUGAUCAGGUGGGGGAUAGAGAGGCCGAGGAUGAAGAAGAAGUAACUUCUGAAGUAUCUCUUCUAAGGGAGGAAGCCACCAUGCCAAUAGACAAACUGAUGGAGAGGUUUGCCUGUGGGGCUGUUCCUACCAGCAAACUGCUCACUAAUCUUGCAAAAUCAAAAAAAUUUCAAUCGCCAACCAUCAGACCAAAGAAGCCAAACCUGCUGGCUACAGGUGAUGCCAAUGGCGACGAUGAAGAAAAAAAUGACGAUUGUUCUGUGAAGUCAAAUAUGAAUGAGAAGACAUUAAACGGGGUAGCAGCAGAAUUUGGUGACCAGACCUCAGAGGCCACAGAUUCAACAAAAAACCUCCCCUCCGACGUCAACAAUUUAUCAAAAUCUGAACUUGACGACCGAAAUAUUGUGGACAGUAGUAAAACAGACAUUAAGAAGGAUGAGAAAAAGGUUGAAGUCAAGGUGAGCUCCUCCGAUGUUGACAUGCAGGUGGAAAACAAAACUGAAAAUGCCAACAAAAAUGAAGUAGUAGUUGGUAGUAGUAGUGGCUGCAGUAGUAGUGGCAGUAUUAUCAACAAAAAAUCCAAUGAUAUUGUGUCUGGUGAUAGUAAAGGAUAUGGAAGCAGCAGUAGUUGUGGUACUGGUAGUGGUAGUAAGCUUAAAGGUCAAGGAUCUUCUGAAGCAGAGGCAAUUAAGGCUUCAUGUUCGACUGGUAAAUCCAAUGAUGAUGAUGACGACGACGAUUCAGAUGAUGAUGAGGACGAUUCAGAGGCUGAGAUGAACGAUGAUGACGACGACGACGAUGAGGAGCAUGACAAAUGGAAGGCUCCAGAAGAUAGUGAAGAUGAUGAUGAUAGUGAAGAAGAUGAUGAUGAAAAAAGCUUCAUAAAGUUAUUCAAAAGUUGUGAUGACGACGACGAGGAGGAAGAUGGAGAGGAUGAGGAGGAUGAAGAGGAACACGAAGAUGUACUCAGCAUUGGGGAUAAGCCUGGAUCAGAUAGUGGAUGCACAGCUGUUGUUGCCUUGCUCAGGGGGAAGGAUUUGUAUGUGGCUAAUGCUGGAGAUUCCAGGUGCGUCGUGUGUCGAGGUGUGAAAGCAUUCGACAUGUCCAUCGACCACAAACCGGAGGAUGACAUUGAGACGCAGAGAAUUCACAAGGCGGGUGGUAAAAUAACGUGCGACGGUAGAGUCAACGGGGGCCUCAAUCUUUCCAGGGCCAUUGGCGACCACGUUUACAAACGCAACACAAAGUUGGAGUUGAAAGAUCAGAUGAUAACAGCUCUACCAGACAUCAAACAUAUCACACUGACCGAUGAAGAUAAAUUCAUGGUGCUUGCUUGUGAUGGUAUAUGGAAUGUACUAACCAGUCAGGAUGUAGUAGAUUUUGUAUUGAACAGACUGCAACGAGGAGCCACCAAAAUGUCCGCCAUUUGUGAAGAGUUGUUUGAGAUGUGCCUGGCCCCGGACACAUCGGGCGACGGAACCGGAUGCGACAACAUGACGUGUGUCAUCGUCAGGUUCAAUGACGCCGUCGUAGAAACCGACCACACAAACGUCCUCAAAGCUGACGCGAUCGUCGAGGAGAUCACCAGCAAAAUCGAGAAGGAGAGAAAGUUAAAUCAAAUUAAACAGCAAAUCAUCCUUGGUGGCGAAGAAAUCAUAAGUGAGGCUGGCGUUGGUUUCAAACAGGCGGUCAGCAACGGAGCUGUUAAACGCAAACAGACCGACGUCGACGACGGCAAUGAGGACGACUAUGAGGAUGAAGAUGUCGGCGCUAGUGGUGACGCCAAAAACGAUGACAGCCGGAAAAAACAUAGUGCGAAUGCCAAAAGACUGAAAAAAGAUUUAGAAUCCAGUGUCUGA